AUGCAACAAAGCGAUCAGUCACCGAUAUUUUCAUCAUCGUUACUUUCUUCACUUGAUAGAAAUUUGCGUGCUUGGACUUAUUUUGAAAGUGUUGGUAAACUUUGGUUGCAAAGUUGCUUGAAACAAAGUAUUAUUUGUGAUGAAGAGAAUACUGUAGAUUUGAAAACAUUAAGUGGUACAAUGCCUGGAAAGCAACAUGCUAGAAAUCCAACAUUUAGCAGUAAUCCUGACAGUCAUCAGAAUGCAUCAAAUUCGGGGUGUCUCCCUGGAAGUGCAAAUGCUUUUUUGGACCAAAAAGAACAACAAUCUUCGAAUUUAUCACAAGCAACAGAUUACUCAUUAACUCAUAAAAAUGAUUCUUCGCAGUUUAAGAACAACUCUAAUCGAUAUGGAUAUACUAAGUCACCUGGUCACUAUUCCCCCAAUACGGGUGGUUACUCUUGGCUACAAUCGCAAAUACAUCCCGCAGAAUUGAUACAAACCACACAACAUAUCAAUUAUGAUAUGCCACAUCGACGUGCAAGUAUUCUGAUGGGGCAACGUUCACUGAAGCUGAUUGAGGAAUAUGAAGAAAAAAAAUUAACAUUCGUUAAGCUUAUCAUUACAAUAUACAGUAAUUGGGGACUUUGGAUCGCUAAAUUUGCUUGGCCCGCUAUAACUUUAUGCAUACUAGUUGCUUCACUUUCUCUUAUUAAAAUAUUACGCACCCCGCAACGCAAUGAUUUAAAGGGUUACGCUCCAUUUGAAGCGCGUUCUCGUGUGGAAUACAACAAAUAUUUAGAUUUCUUUUCAAGCAACAGUGACGUGCCAGGAAUAGCCACAUAUAUCUUUGUUACGGCGAAAGAUGACGGAUCUAUGCUCAGACCAGACCAUCUUAAUGAGACUAUACAGGUGCUCGAUUUAACUUUAAAUAACAUCACGAUGUACAAUCCCAUCAAUAAACGUCAUUUAGCAUUCAGCGAAUUUUGUCACAAAUUUUGCUUAGCGAACGAGCCUGUGCGUCAAUUUUACAAUGCUUAUUUGGUACAAAAAGAAUACUUAAAAAAUGGUAGUCGUCCAAAUCCAUUCUUACUUCUGAAGUAUCCCAUCAGUACUUUAUUCGGUAGGAAUGUUAGCAUACAGCCGUACUUCUUUGGAAUUAAAUUACAUGAUCCGAAAAAUGACACUAUAGAAGAAAUAAACGAAGAACACGAAGGAAUCCAUGAACUCUUUGGAGAAAAUACUGAUGUGACGCUAUUCUCAUCCGAGAACAAUUCGUUUUCCGCAGUGACCAAUAUGAAGUCAGCAAAGAUGAUUUCACUGCAAUUUAGAGCUUUACACAAUAGCAACUGGAGCAGUGAUAAUGUCAAGCAAUGGGAAAUGAGCGUUGUCCACUUCUUCCAAAACUAUCAGUCAAAGCAUUUGACGAUUUACGUAUCGUCGACCACUUAUAUCGAAGAAGAGAUGAUUCGUGUCGGAAUAUCACUUUUACCGUAUCUAACAGUUGGCUUUGUCAUUAUGUGUACCUGCUCCGUAAUUACAGUAAUGAUUCGUGCAGCAUACAUGCAUCAAAAUAGCAUAUUUAAAAUUCUUCUGGCCAUAAUGGCUUGCGUGACGCCACUUCUGGGUUGCUCCACCGCAAUGGCGAUACUGUUCUUGUUCGGUAUGAGAUUCUCCUCGGUACUCUGUGUCGUUCCCUUCUUAGUACUAUCUAUUGGAGUUGACAGUUCUUACUUGAUGAUUCACGAAUGGCAACGGCUAACAAAGGAGAUUCGAAAUGGCGAGAAGAAAGGGGGAUCUGCUGGACACCGUAUUUCUGAGGUUCUUGGUGAGGUAGGCCCUGCAAUACUCAUUUCUGCGAUCACUAACAUAUUAGCAGAUGCCGUCGGUUGCUUUACAUCAUCACCAGAAAUUCGUUUAUUGUGUAUUGCUAAUUUAUUCUCCAUGUUUAUGGCAUAUUUAUACCAGAUGACAUUUUAUUCUGCAUUAAUGGCAGUUAUUGGAAAGUUUGAAAUUGAAGCAGAAGAAAAGGAUGAUCGUAUCACAAAUAUUGUGAUUGGGAAAGGUCAAGUAAAUAUUAGAAAACGUAGCGAGGUCAUUCGCAAAAAUUCAAAGUUCCAUGAUAGGUCGAAAUUGUAUAUUAGUAAAUAUAUAAAAGUAUAUGUGGAUAUUGUCACUCAUCCCAUAAUUGCAAUACUUGUCGCACUUGCUUACGUCGUUUACGUUGCGAUUUCAGUUUGGGGUAUUACAAGAAUGACGAUGAGUUUAACACCUCAAAAACUGUUUUUAGCUAAUUCUCCCUUAAUUAAGCUUGAAAAGCUACGUACCCGUUAUCAAUUACCGGUGUUUAUGAUAGUAUCUGUAUUUGUGGAAACACCUGGUGAUUUGUCUCAGAGGUCAAGACUGAUUUUGUUGAAUAAAAUGGUGAAUGACUUCGAGAAUGUCAACGGUAGCUGGGGACCAAGUGGUACAAUGUAUUUUGUGCGAGAUUUUGUCACUUUUCAAAAUUUUUUGCAUUCAGACCACGAUUAUGACUAUGAUUUGGAAACAAGCACCAAAGCACUUACACCCGAAGAAGCUCUUGUUUUCAACAACAACGAUCUAGCAACUUUCCUCGCAUUGCCUGAAUACGAUUUUUGGUCAGGUUUCAUCAAGCUUCAAAAUGUUAGCAUGGAUGGCAAGAAUAAAACUCUCAAAAAAUUCUUCUUCACUACGGCUUAUAAUGGCGAGAAACUUAGCACUUGGCAAGCUCGGCAACAACUGCUGCAAAAAUGGCGAGCUGUCGUCGACAAACCCAAAUAUGAACUAUUCCACGCAUAUGUUUUUCAAGAAGAUGCCAUUUUCAUGGAUCUUAUAGAUAAUAUACCAACAGAUACAUGGCAGUCUGUGCUAGGCACCUUAGUAUGCAUGGCUGUGGUAUGCUUCAUAUUUCUCAGAAGUUCACUUACGGUCGCCAUUGCUACCACCUGUGUACUAUCCAUUUGCAUUGGCAUUCUCGGAAUACUUUCUUGGUGGGGUAUUGAGUUGGAUCCCAUAACAAUGGCUGCGAUGGUUAUAUCAAUUGGUUUCACUGUUGAUAUUCCAGCCCACAUAUCGUAUCAUUACUAUAGAGCUUGUGAGAACGGACCGAAUGCAACACCCCAAGCUAGACUUGCAAACUGCCUAACGUCUGUCGGAUUUCCGGCGCUACAAGCAGCACUUUCAACCAUACUUUGUGUUUGCAGUUUACUGUUUGUCAAAAUUUACAUGUCCGAGGUGUUCGUGAAAACAAUGAUUACGUGCGUCAUACUUUGCAAUCUGCACGGUCUUCUGGUGUUACCAGCGGUUCUCUCCAUAGUUGAUCGAAUUACAGUUGCAGUAAGCCAUAAAAAAACUUAUGGUUCACAAGGUGAACAACUGAUACACAGACGAAUGGAGGAAGUAAGAAAGAAACUGUCCACUUUAUCAAACACAUCCAGACAUGGACUUAGUCAGUGCAAUCUAAAAACAGAUCGACCACCAAUUUUUUCACAUUUUGAUGCUGUACUUGAGGUGGAUUAA